AUGGUCGGCUUCACGCAGAGCAUCGCGAAGGAAGUGGCCUCUCGAAACAUCACCGUCAACUGCGUCGCUCCCGGCUAUGUCGAGACAGACAUCGUGGAAGACCUGUCGCCGGAGCUCAAGAAGUACAUCAUGGAACGCGUGCCAAUGGGGCGUUUCGGUCAGCCGGAAGAGAUUGCCACCUUUGCCGCCAUGACUACUCCCACAUUGGGCAAACCCUUCGCGGGCCGCGUUGCGCUGGUCACCGGCGGGUCGCGGGGCAUCGGGCGCGCGAUCGCACGGGAACUUGCAACCCUCGGCGCCAAUGUCGUCAUCAACUACUUCCGCAAUCACAAGGAAGCGCGCGCCGCGCAGCAAGAGAUGGAGGGCCUUGGCGUCCAGUGCGUUCGUGUGGCGGCGCACCUUGCCGAACCGCGUCAAGUGCGCAAGCUCAUGGACACCGUCCGCAAUCGAUUUGGCCGCCUCGACAUCCUCAUCAACAACGCCGCUUCCGGCGUCAAUCGUCCCGGGAUGGAGCUGGAGGAGAAGCACUGGGACUGGACGUUGGACAUCAACACAAAGGCCCCUUGGCUCUGCACCAAGGAGGCCGUCCCGCUGAUGGAGAGGGGCGGGCGCGUGGUGAACAUCAGCAGCCUUGGCGCAAACCGGGUCUUGCCCAACUACCUCUCAGUAGGGGUGUCCAAAGCGGGCCUGGAGGCCGUGACGCGCUACAUGGCCGUGGAGCUUGCACCACUGGGCAUCACCGUAAACGCCAUUUCCGGCGGGUUCGUACCGACGGAGGCGCUGGAGCACUUCCCCAACCGCGACGAGAUGCUGGCCACGGCGGAGUCCAAGACCCCCGGCGGUCAACUGUUGACCGCGGAGGACCUGGCGAAGGCGGUGGCCUUCCUCUGCAGUGAAGACGCCGCGAUGAUCCGAGGACAGGUCAUCAUCGUCGACGGCGGAAUGUCGCUGACGCUCUAG